CCUUUUAUUAUCUUUCCUUCAGUUAGGUUCAGUUCAGUGAGUUCACUUCAUCUUUAUCUGCACAAAGCAGGAGAAUUAUCUUUUCUUUCUGCUUCCACUUUCUCUCUACAAAACUACAAACUCAAUCCAAUUAUUCCUUUAUUUUCUCAGUACCCUCAUUUAAUCAUUUUUCGUCCUUUCACAUACAGCCUGUUCGUCUGCCACACUCUAACACAUCCUAGCUACUCCCCAAAAGUUCUUCCACUAAUUCUCCAACCCCCCCAAGCACCAAACUGAUCAAAAGAUUUGGUGAACUAAACAAACAAGGAGUAGUAGGUAACCAUAUCCUUUUGUCUCUUCCCCUCUAUACCUGCUCUUUUUCUACACCAUGAACUUGUAGUUUAGUUCUCAAUAUGUUGUAUUGCCAAAGGGAAUCAUGAGCCUUUACUCUCAGAAUCUCCAUUUGUGGUGGAGACUCUCAUCCUUCCUUCUUCUACUUGUUCAAUCUGUUACAUCUCAAUUUGUUGCAUUUACAUCUCUUAACUCUGAUGGGAUUCACUUGCUUAAAUUCAAAUAUUCCAUCCUCAACGACCCGUUAUCAGUCUUAGAGAACUGGAACUACGAGGAUGCAACACCAUGUUCAUGGCAUGGUGUUGCAUGCAGUGAAAUUGGAGCCCCUGGCACCCCUGACUUUUUCAGAGUAACUAGCUUGGCCCUUCCCAAUAGCCAACUUUUAGGUUCCGUUUCUGAAGACUUAGGCUUGAUCCAAUACCUUCGCCACAUCGAUCUCUCCAACAAUUUCCUUAAUGGCUCUCUACCCAACACUAUCUUCAACUCUUCUCAACUUCAAGUACUUUCCCUCUCAAACAAUGUUAUCUCAGGCAAACUACCUGAGCUAAUUGGCAAAAUGACAAACCUUAAACUUCUCAACCUCUCUGACAAUGCCUUUUCCGGUUUGAUCCCAGAAAACCUCUCUACUCUACCAAACUUAACCGUUGUUUCACUGAAGAGUAACUACUUUUCUGGCAGUGUCCCAACCGGGUUCAACUACGUGGAGAUUCUGGAUCUGUCAUCCAAUUUGCUCAACGGAUCUUUGCCAAAUGAAUUCGGCGGCGAAAGCUUGCGCUACUUGAACCUCUCUUACAACAAGAUUUCGGGAACAAUACCACCAGCAUUUGCGAAACAGAUUCCUGUAAACACAACAAUGGACCUCUCAUUCAACAAUCUGACAGGACCAAUACCAGGGUCUGAGGCUUUGCUCAACCAGAAGACAGAGUUUCUAUCAGGGAAUGCUGAUCUUUGUGGUAAGCCUCUGAAGAUUCUUUGCACUGUUCCCUCUACUAUGUCCUCUGCUCCACCCAAUGUCACCACAUCUUCACCAGCCAUUGCAGCCAUACCAAAAACAAUUGACUCAACCCCUUCAACAAACACAUCAGGAACCACCACCAGUUCUCAGAAUGUCUCACCAAGUGGCCUAAAACCCGCCACCAUAGCAGCAAUUGUGGUAGGAGACUUAGCUGGCAUGGCCCUUUUGGCUCUCAUCAUUCUCUUCAUCAACCAACAGAGAAAGAAACGAUAUCCAAAUCCAAAACCAAACACUAAUGCUUCUUCCGCCAACAACCCAGAAAAGAAACAAGAAACUGUUUCAAGACAAGAUGCGGAGGCGAGAACUAUAACACCUUCACUUCCUUGUUCCUGCUUAACAAUCAAAGAAGAAGAAACUUCAGAAGCAACGAGCUCCGACAGUGACCGCGAGAGCAACACCGCAGUGAACAUCAUGGCAGCACAAAACGGGAACCUUCCGAGACACGGCACUCUUGUGACCGUGGACGGGGAGACAAAUUUGGAGCUUGAGACUUUGCUCAAGGCUUCAGCGUAUAUUUUGGGAAACAGCCACUUCAGCAUUGUUUACAAGGCGGUGCUGGAGGACGGAAGAUCCUUUGCUGUUAGAAGGAUCGGUGAGUGUGGGAUUGAGAGAAGGAAGGAUUUUGAGAACCAAGUUCGUGCCAUUGCAAAGCUUCGCCAUCCGAAUUUGGUUACGGUUCGUGGCUUCUGCUGGGGCCAAGAAGAUAAACUCCUAAUAUGUGACUAUGUCCCUAAUGGAAGCCUCGCCACCAUAGAUCACAGAAGAGCAAGUACAUCCCCAAUGAACUUGUCCUUGGAGGUGCGGUUGAAGAUAGCGAAAGGGGUGGCACGAGGGUUGGCUUUCAUUCAUGAGAAGAAACACGUGCAUGGCAACGUUAAACCCAGCAACAUCUUGUUAAACUCGGAAAUGGAACCCAUCAUAAGCGAUUUUGGGCUGGACCGGCUCCUCUUGAAUGACGUAACCCAAAGAGCGAACGGUUCGGCAAGACAAUUAAUGGGGAACCAAAGAAACCAACAAGACCUGCCAUUCGUAACAAUGGGACCAUCCACUAGCGGUGUGGGUCAAAUAAUGCACUAUCAAGCACCAGAGUCACUUCAAAACAUCAAACCCAAUAACAAGUGGGACGUGUACUCUUUUGGCGUGGUCUUGCUGGAGCUUCUAACUGGGAGGGUUCUCUCGGACCGGGAGUUGGACCAGUGGCACGAACCGGGUUCGGUGGAAGAUGAGAAAAACCGGGUCUUGAGGAUAGCUGACGUGGCAAUGAAGUCUGAAAUAGAAGGGAGAGAGAAUGUGGUAUUGGCGUGGUUCAAGUUGGGGAUUAGCUGUGUUUCCCAUGUCCCACAAAAGAGACCGUCCAUGAAAGAGGCUCUACAAAUCUUAGACAAAAUCCCCGGUGCUGCUCCAGUCCAUUAAUUCUUCUCCAUGAUUAUGUGUUUCAUAUUCACACCCCGUUUUUUAGAUCAAGGUGCUUAGCCUUUUGUUGACUUGAAUUAGGCAUCAAGAGAAGAAAAGAUUGGAGACAAAAAUGUUUGUUUAUGCAAGGUAACAAUGAUUGUAACUUUGACCACUGAAUCGAAUCCUUGUCUGAUCUUAUAUAAUCAAGGUGCAUUUUGUUCACGGACAUGGGCACGCAUGGCCGGUCUUGCUGACUAUUAAGCUUGCGCAAGAAGUGAUUCAUGCAUGUUUAGUCGUACAUAUGAAUGAUGGGGGACUAGUGCUUCUGAUUUAUACUGCACAAAAUUUUGGACAUUGGGGAUCUCAAAGUCUUUGAUAUAAUAGUGUGCACUCUUUCAUUGUCGGUGUGUUUUUUUAAUCAUCGAUCAUGCGUGCCUAUAAAUCAAACAUGUUAAGAUAUUUUGCUGUCACAGUCCAUCUUCGACAAAUUAGUCAAAUUUAAAUUUCUAUA